GCACCGCGCUGACCUCCCACCUGAGCAGAGAGGAGGACCUCUCGCAGUCUCGGCGGUAACGGAAGCGGAGCUGUGGCGCUGUGCUCGUAAUGCUGCCUCGAAACUGCCUCUGUAACCUCAGACGAGCCCAGAGACUCGCAGCAGGGAAACCGAGCGGGUCUCAGUUUUGUGGUUUAAGCGCGGAAGCGAAGCGCGUCGUUCACGACAGACAACAGCGCCGCUUCGUAGUCCGGCUGGACGGCGGAGGUCCAGAGCGCAGCGCGGUGCUGAGCUACGCUUACAGGACUGACCGGCACGUGCAGCUACUGUCCACUGUGGUCCCAGAGCCCUUCAGAGGGAAAGGUGUGGCCGCACAGCUCGCGAAGUGGUGGUGAUGGGAACCAGGAGGCGAUGCCAUCAAGAUACAUUUCGUUCUUGGUCAUUUUAUUCACUGUCCCAAGCCACCGCUGGACCUGCUGAAGCCUUCCGGGUUUUUAUGCAAUGUUGAUGAUCAUAAAAUAGUCAUAAAUCCGUGCAGGUGCCACUCCACCAUGAAUGGGUUAAAUACGGGUUCACCACCUCUGUGAAGAAAUAGUCAGCAGGUUCCUCUGGAAUUAAGCAUUUCACAUCAAAUAACCCGAAUGAAUAAUAGAAAUAAAAAUAUAGAUAGAAUUUCCCUUUGAUAGCAAUAACGAGCCUAAUAGCAUCUGUUUU